AUGUUGGUGAAUCAGUUUGAUAAAUAUGCCCUGCCUGCAUCGAAUAAUAAUAUUUUGAGUGAAUACACUCAACCUACAGCUACCUUUGUUGAUGCCAAGACCUGGUUCAAUUAUUUUACAGUCGACGUUAUUGCAGACAUUGCUUUGAGUGAAAAGGUUGGCCUGACGCAAUCUGGCUCUGAUCUCGUCAAAGUUGGCGAUUCUAGUGAAGAUACUCGUUCAUAUAGAUUGAUCGAAGAUAUGCACGAAGCUGGUCGGAUGAAGACUAAAAUCAUUGGUACACUAGAAUGGUUCGAUUUCUUCCAAGGGCUCUAUACAUUCUUGUCCGCUCGUGCCCGUGCACGUUUGGAAAGUGGUCGCAAGUUCGUUCGGAUUAUAAGCCACCUGGCAGGUCGACGGAUGGAACGAGAAGGGGAUGGUGAAAGUCUGGAUGACGUUUUCAGUUGUCUUCUGAAAGAUAAAACUGGGAAAGAUAGGGAUAUUGAGGUGGAUGAGCUCAGAGCGGAAGCUAAUAUCUUGCCUUGCAUCGAGGAGUCAUUACGGUUGUCACCCCCGCUCCCACGAGGCCUUGAGCGAGUUACGCCACCCGAAGGAGCCAAAAUUAUGGGCAAAUUCCCUGGAAAUUUUGGCGUGUCGGUCCCAGCAUAUGCCGCUCAUCGAGACCCGCGGAUUUUCCCAAAUUCAGAAGCCUUUAUGCCGGAAAGAUGGCUCAACAAUGAAAAAUUUGCAGAAAUGUGGGAAGCAUUUAUUCCAUUCAAUGCUGGGGGCCGUGCUUGCAUUGGUAGGAACAUCACCAUGAUUGAGCAACAAAUUCUUAUGGCUACCCUUGUUAGCCGGUAUGGAUUUUCACUACCGUCGCUGGAUUGGAAACUGGAAAAUGAAAAGGCAUUCAACCUAUGGCCCGUUGGGCUUCCUGUAAGGAUUUAUCAGCGAGAUAUUGGGAUUUGA